AUGUUUUCCUCUGUCCUAACCUUGGGCAUGGCCACCAAGGCUGCCGCCUCUGCGUCCAUGUCUCUCAGUGGCAAGAACGCCGCUGGCGAGGACAACAGCUUCGAUGCCUACCAGUGGAUUGGCUUUGACGGUGUCGAGAACUGCCAGACUCUUCUGCAAGCCGGUACCUCGGCCCGUCUGAUUGACGGCAAGAUCAAGUACGAAUUCUGGUACGAGUUCUUCCCUGAGAUGUACCAGAUUAGUCUUCCCGUCUCGCCCGGCAACAACGUCUACGUCGAAAUCACCGCUACCAGCCGCACCUCGGACGAAAUUUACCUGCUCAACGAGAGCACCGGCGAGAACAUCUCGUACAACGUCACCACUCCGCACGAGCCCCUGUGCCUCAACCACGCCGUCUGGGUCCACGAGAACCCCAACUUCCUCGAAAACAGCCCCUACUGGUCCAAAUUCACCAUCAGCGACGCCUUUGUCACUGAUGAGGCCGGCCGCGACUACGAUCUUGCCGGCGCCGAGGGCUGGUAUCUGAGCCCCGACACCAACCCCAAGAACUUUCAGUGCCACCCUGAGGUCGGCAGCAGCACCGAUGUCAAGAUAGUUUACCACGGCCAGAAGCCUGCUUCUCAGGGUAGCAACCGCCGCGUCAAGAUGGCCCCCAAGAGCGGAAGCCGUACCAGCAGCAGCCGCAACUGCAACUACUGGUAA